AUGGUGGUGCAGGAGGGUGACGCUAACGCCAAUGAUACGGGGGACAGCCCAGCAGGGGAGCCAGCCCCAGGUAGUGGCUCACGCCUGCAGGUACCUAGUGGGGUACCCACGCAGGCAUCAGUAAUACGUUUAGGAAUAGACAAAAGCAUUUGUCAAGGCAACUAUGUCCUGUUUAGUAGGCUUGUAGCUAAAUUGGAACAAACAGUGCCUGCAGUCAUCGAGAGUUUACAUAAGUUGAAAGUAGCCACUUACGAUCAACACCCAGAACGUCGCAUGCCAUUGGUAGACACCGAACUCAGAAAGAGAUACUAUCAAGCUAUCAAUGAGUGUGGUGACGAAGCAGAGGAUGAAAAGUUUCUCAAUGACACGAAGAACAAGGCACUGAACGUAGAGGUGCGCAUAGAGCAGUUGCAUAGAACAAUGCAAGUGUUGGAGGAGCGUUACCGAGACACAGACAAGGAGCCAAUACACACUCAACUCCUCAAAGUAGCAAGAUACAAGGCACUCAUAUACUAUAGACAGCAAGAGAAGGUAGAUACAAUCAUUGAAACAGACAAACUGCCUGAUGGAAGUGACGGACCCUUAUCAGAUAUGAAACAUAGUGUGUUCUACUAUCUCACUGAAGCAUCCAUAAAAGCAGCAGCUAAAGUACAGGCAGAUCGUUUGUACAUAGAGCGUAAGAGAUACAGCUCUAAGACGGCAAAUCUAGCCAAGCUCACAACGCUAUAUACCACCGCUGCUGCCAAGCGUCAUAAACCAAACAAUGGCACACGAAGACAAACUCGGGCAGCAGGACAACCACAUAAGAAAAAAAGAGCACAAAUACGUGCAUGUCCUUAUUGUAAGGUGUCAGCCCCACAUCGAUUUAGCCAAUGUCCUAUGAAGGCAUCAGAUCAAAACAAGAAGGCUGAGGAGCGUAUCAAGAAUGAUAUGCAAGUAGCCAGACUAUCCAUAACCUCAGGGAAGGUAGAGGAUAUGAGAGAUAGCGAUGAGUCCUGA